ACUAAUGGCGGCCGGCAAAUCCGUGCGUUGACACUAAAUCCAAAACACUGUGCCGUUCUCCAGAAUAACUGACAUUCACCCGGAGCGAAACGUUACAACGCUGAUCCAGAACUGUAGACUGAAAGGGGCUCGGGGAUUCCAAACGAAAUUCUACGGUGACUUCUACCGGGACUUUCCUGUUUUAAAAAAUGGAUGAACACCCCGGCGGAGGAGGAAUAGGAAUGGCCGCCCCAAGACAGCAGCAGCCACCGCAACAGGGGAAUAGUAACAUUAAUCCUCAGAGUGGUGCGCUAAUGGUCCAACAGCCACCUGACGAGUUGCCGAGGCCCCAGCAAUACACUAUCCCGGGAAUUUUACACUACAUCCAACACGAAUGGGCCCGCUUCGAGAUGGAGAGGGCUCACUGGGAAGUGGAGAGGGCCGAACUCCAGGCCCGAAUAGCAUUCCUCCAAGGUGAAAGGAAGGGUCAAGAAAAUUUAAAGAACGAUCUGGUUAGAAGAAUAAAAAUGUUAGAAUAUGCACUAAAGCAAGAAAGAGCAAAAUACCAUAAAUUAAAAUAUGGAACAGAACUCAAUCAAGGUGAAGUGAAGAUGCCCAGCUUUGAAUCAGACGAUACCAAAGAUACAGAGGUACCAGCCGUACCUCAGAACAGCCAGUUAACCUGGAAACAGGGACGACAACUCCUCAGACAAUAUCUUCAGGAAGUAGGUUACACGGACACGAUAUUAGAUGUGCGGUCCCAACGAGUGCGGUCAUUACUGGGCCUGUCUGGAUCAGAACAGAACGGUUCUGUGGAAACCAAGAGUCUUGAACAGAUUCUGAAUGGAGGAGAAUCUCCAACCAAACGAAAGGGACAAGACAUAAAAAGAAAUCCAGGAGAUGUUUUGGAGACAUUUAACUUCUUAGAAAAUGCAGACGACAGCGACGAAGAGGAUGAUGAAGAAGGAGAGCUGAUGGAGGAUAUUUCAGACCGGACAGAUAAACACAGAAUAAAGAAACAUAAAAUUAAGGUAGGGAACGAGGGUUUGGCCUCUGACUUGCCAGAUGACCCAGAUACUGAGGAGGCGCUGAAGGAGUUUGAUUUCCUGGUGAACGCAGAGGACGGUGAGGGGGCCGGGGAGGCCAGGAGUUCAGGGGAUGGCACAGAGUGGGCCGAGCCGCUGCCUUUCCCCUCCGGAGGUGGCAAAUCCUUUAUCAUGGGAAACGAUGACGUGCUGGAGAGCGUGCUGGGCCUGGGAGACCUCGCCGACCUGACCGUGGCCAACGACGAAACCGAUUACAGCUAUGAUCUGCCAGCCAAUAAGGAUUCGUUCAGGAAGACGUGGAACCCCAAGUACACGCUACGCAGCCACUUUGACGGCGUGCGAGCCCUGGCCUUCCACCCGGUGGAGCCUGUCCUGGUGACCGUGUCAGAGGACCACACUCUCAAACUGUGGAACCUGCAGAAGACGGUCCCUGCCAAAAAAAGUGCCUCUUUUGAUGUGGAGCCAAUAUACACAUUCAGGGCUCAUGUGGGUCCUGUGCUGUCAUUGGCUGUGGGCUCGAGCGGGGAGCAGUGUUUCAGCGGAGGGAUCGAUUCUACGAUACAGUGGUGGAACAUCCCCAGCUCCAGCGUUGACCCUUACGACACAUAUGAUCCGAGCGUCCUGGCCGGCACGCUGCGGGGACACACAGACGCCGUGUGGGGACUGGCCUACAGCGGCAUCAAGAACCGGCUGCUGUCCUGUUCCGCAGACGGCACCGUGCGGCUGUGGAACCCUCAGGAGAAGGCCCCGUGCCUCAGCACCUACAACACAGACAGGGAGCAUGGCGUUCCCACGUCUGUGGACUUUAACGGCUGUGACCCGGCACACAUGGUGACGUCAUUCAACACGGGCAACACGGUCGUUUACGACCUGGAGACCUCGCAGUCUGUGCUGGUGUUUCCUGCUCAGGGAGAGAGCACUCUACCCGCUGGUAACCACAUAAAUAAAGUAGUGAGCCAUCCGACUCUGCCAAUCACCAUCACUGCGCAUGAGGACAGACACAUCAAAUUCUUCGACAAUAAAUCAGGUAAAGUCAUCCAUGCCAUGGUAGCUCACCUGGACGCUGUCACGAGUCUGGCCGUCGACCCCAACGGCAUCUACCUUAUGUCUGGCAGUCACGACUGUUCUAUCCGCCUGUGGAACCUGGACAGUAAGACGUGUGUGCAGGAGAUAACGGCGCACAGAAAGAAGUCAGACGAGUCCAUUUACGACGUCGCCUUCCACCCGUCGAAGGCGUACAUCGCGAGUGCAGGGGCCGACGCCCUGGCCAAAGUGUUCGUAUAAUGGUUCCUGGAACGGAGCAUGUGUCGGACGCAUGAGGCUUUGUUGGUCUCAGACACAGACACACUCUCACACACACACACUCACAGAGAACGGACUGCAUCACUGCCUUGGCUAAGACAAGUAGCAUUUCUGACACUAAGUUAAAAAGUCGUCUCAUCGACACCUCCCUGACGAACACACGCUCAAUUUCGGAGGAGGGGGGGGGCAGA